UGCAAGCUGCAGUGACACUGCAAUGGCUGAGGGGCGGCUGCUGGAUCUUCGCAAUGAGCUCAUUCUCCCCGGAGGGAGCAGGAUUUACAGUGCAUCACCCAGCAACUGCAGCCUUCUUGUGAAAUUCAUCUUUAGCUUCUCCUCAGUUAGGCUGGUCUGAUUCUUCACUUUGGGGGUGUGUACAUGGAACAGCCUACAGGUUUUAAAAUGAAGUGCACUGCAUACAAGGAAUGGUACUAUCCUCAGGUAAAGCAGACAAGCAGUGUGCAUCAUGACGGAGCAUGCCUGUGAGGGACCAUCUUCCCAUCUGAGAUCAUGCUGGAGGGCUCACACUUGAUUCCAUGAGAUUUUGGACCUCCAGCCCCCACCAGGACUGCCCUCGUCGAGCAGAUGUUUGUGGGAGAGGAAUGGUGUUAGUCCGCAGCACUGUCACCUUCGCUGCCCUGAACUGUUAAGCCUCUUUGCUUGUGCUUGGACAGGGAGUAGUGCUGCUCUGUUGUGGUUUUGUCUAUGAGUCAUGAUGAAUAAACCAAUGCAUUGAAGGUCAUCGUCCAAAAAAAUUGUUAUCCACGUUAAUAAGGCAAGUAAGAAAAUGUAGUGGGACGGAGGCAAGGACGAGAAGCCCCGAGCGAGCGCUGGGACAAGGGCCUCCGGGCUGGACUCCCCUCUCUGCCGCGCGGCCUCAUCAUGUCCAAGAAGGGCACCAGCAGCCGAGCUAGGGGGGAGAAGCUGGAUGCCUUGGCUGCCUUGCAGGCUGCCAAUGAAGAGCUCAGGGCCAAGCUCACUGACAUCCAAAUAGAGCUCCAGCAAGAAAAGAGUAAGGUCAGCAAGUUGGAAAGAGAGAAAAAUCAGGAAGUUAAGCAGAUCAAAGAGCACGAACAGCAUAAAAGUACAGUGGUGGUAACAGAGCUCAAAGUCAAACUUCAUGAAGAGAAAAUGAAGGAGCUCCAAGCUGUUCGAGAAGCACUUUUGAGACAGCACGAAGCUGAACUACUCAGAGUAAUAAAAAUUAAAGAUAAUGAAAUCCAGAGGCUACAGACCCUUCUCAAUGCUGUACGCGAUGGGGCCCCUGACAAGGUGAAAACAGUGCUGCUCACAGAGGCGAAAGAGGAGGCCAAGAAGGGGUUUGAAGUUGAGAAAAUAAAAAUGCAGCAAGAAAUUUCAGAGCUGAAGGGGGCUAAGAAACAAGUGGAAGAGGCUUUAACUAUGGUCAUCCAGGCUGACAAAAUUAAAGCAGCGGAGAUAAGGAGUGUGUAUCACCUGCAUCAAGAGGAAAUCAGCAGAAUUAAGAGGGAGUGUGAGAGAGAAAUUCGUAGACUGAUGGAGGAGAUUAAAUUUAAAGACAGAGCAGUCUACGUGCUGGAGAGAGAGUUAGGGGUUCAAGCCGGGCAUGCUCAGAGACUGCAGCUCCAAAAGGAGGCUUUAGAUGAACAACUUUCCCAGAUCAAAGAGUCUGAUCGGCAUCUGAGCAGCCCCAAGCGGGAACUUCCUUAUGCAAGUGGUGCAGGAGACGCUUCAGAUCAUUCGGGAAGCCCCGAACAGCAGUUGGAUGAAAAGGAUGCCCGGCGUUUCCAACUUAAAAUCGCUGAGCUGAGUGCCAUCAUCAGAAAGCUGGAGGACCGGAACGCACUGCUGUCGGAGGAGAGAAAUGAGCUGUUAAAACGUCUUAGAGAAGCUGAAAGUCAGUAUAAGCCCAUUUUGGACAAAAAUAAACGCCUUAGUAGGAAGAAUGAAGAAUUGUCACAUGCCUUACGUCGAAUGGAAAAUAAAUUAAAAUUUGUAACACAAGAAAAUAUAGCAAUGAGGCAAAGAGCAGGAACAAUAAGGAGACCGAGCUCUUUAAAUGACCUUGACCACAGCCAGGAAGAAAGAGAAGUUGAUUUCCUGAGACUCCAAGUUAUUGAACAGCAAAAUAUCAUUGAUGAACUCUCCAAGACCCUGGAAACUGCUGGCUAUGUGAGGAGUGUCAUGGAACGUGAUAAGCUGUUAAGGUAUAGGAAGCAAAGGAAAAAAAUGACAAGAAUUCCUAAGAAGCCGGUUGUGGAGACAUUUUUUGGCUACGAUGAAGAAGCUUCCUUGGAGUCUGAUGGUUCCUCUAUCUCAUAUCAAACUGACCGGACGGAUCAAACCCCUUGCACUCCUGAAGAUGACUUGGAAGAGGGCAUGGCCAAGGAAGAGACAGAACUGCGGUUUCGGCAGCUGACGAUGGAGUACCAGGCUCUGCAACGAGCAUACGCCCUAUUGCAAGAACAGGUCGGAGGAACAUUGGAUGCAGAACGAGAAGUUAAGACACGUGAGCAGCUCCAAGCAGAAAUACACCGAUCUCAGGCUCAGAUAGAAGACCUGGAGAAGGCCCUUGCUGAGCAGGGACAGGACAUGAAGUGGAUUGAGGAGAAGCAAGCAUUGUACAGAAGAAAUCAAGAACUGGUAGAAAAGAUAAAACAAAUGGAAGCCGAGGAAGCUCGCUUAAAACAUGAUGUCCAGGAUGCUAAGGAUCAAAACGAGCUCCUGGAGUUCAGGAUCUUGGAGCUUGAAGAGAGAGAAAGACGAUCGCCUGCCAUCAACUUCCAUCACGGCCCUUUUACAGAGGGGAAAAGCCCUCUCCAAGUCUACUGCGAGGCAGAAGGUGUAACAGACAUAGUAGUAGCAGAGCUGAUGAAAAAAUUGGACAUUUUAGGGGAUAACGCCGUAAGUAAUCUGACCAACGAAGAGCAAGUAGUUGUCAUACAAGCAAGGACAGUUCUCACGUUGGCUGAAAAGUGGCUACAGCAGAUAGAAGUGACGGAGUCCGCACUGCAGCAGAAGAUGCUGGACCUUGAGAAUGAGAAGGAGCUGUUCAGCAAGCAAAAGGGCUACCUGGAUGAUGAGCUCGACUUCAGGAAACAGUCCUUGGACCAAGCUCACAAGCAAAUUCUGGAAUUAGAAGCCAUGCUCUAUGAUGCCCUGCAGCAAGAAGCUGGAGCCAAAAUUUCCGAACUUCUUUCAGAAGAGGAGAAAGAGAAACUGAAGAGCGCCGUAGAGCAAUGGAAGCGGCAGGUCAUGAGUGAGCUCCGGGAAAGGGACGCCCAAAUCCUGCGAGAAAGGAUGGAGCUCAUUCAACACGCACAGCAUAGAAUUAAAGAGCUAGAAGAAAGAAUUGAAGGCCAAAAAAGACAAAUAAAAGAGUUAGAGGAAAAGCUUUCAUUCUUUGGUCAUAGUCCUUCAGGCCAUAUGCAAAAGCCUACUGAGGAAGCUACAGUUGCUUCUACUGUUAUCAACAGGAAGACAGCAUUGAUUACCAAGACAGAAAAAGAGACAUUGCCAUUUCAAAACCCCCAAAUAUCUUUCAUAUUUUGCUACUGGCGAUGGAAGAUGCAAUCUUUCUGACCCUUUCAGACUGAAGCUGAACUAGGGUAUGUGGAAAUUUCUGCACAGGUGAUGUCUGCACCACUGAAAUCUCUGACUGAGCAUUUUGAAAAGCUAGAACUAAGCCGACAAAGAAGAAAGCCAAAAAACCCCUCCCUCUCCUACAGCCACAGGCUCCUUCCCGGAGUCCUGGCUCUGCUGCUUGAACUAACUUUCAGUGGAAGUCCUGGCUCUGCUGCUUGAAAUAGCUCUCAGCUUUACGUAAGGAGCGGUAUACUAAUUCAGAUAAACUGAAUAUAUUUUGGUUCCCUGCUAAGCAGGUAGUAAAUUGCUUCUCUGUAGAAGUGACCGUGUCCUGUUUUAUAUGUCACGCAUUUAUAUUUGUUAUUCAUAGUUGUUUAAAAAUCAGUCUUGAAAGAAGAUUUUAGGAAGCGUUCCAGAGGAGUAACUCAUGAAAAGAUAGAUGUGAAUGAAAAUGAAGUGUUUUGUUCCAAGGUAUUUCUUCAUAACACAGGGUAUGUCCGAUGGUUUGUUGAAUAUCCCACAAGCCCAGUUUUAGAGAAAAACGUGAAGCUAUGUUCAGGAAAUCAAGUUGUAACUUUUGGGGGAGUUUUCAGUAGACCAUGGCCCACAGCACAAUGAGAAAAAUGGCACAAUAAUUUAUAAUUUGCUGUCCCUGAAUGAUGACAAAAGGCUUAACAUUGUCCCAGCAAAAAGUUCGACCUGGAAAAGAGUGAACAUAAAACACAUUAUCCCUGAUCCGUACACUCUGGGCUGGGGGAGGCAGCAAGAGGGAACAGAUUUUAUCACCUUAAUUCAAGGGAGCACAAGUACCGCAGAGCUCAAGCCCAGGAGGCUGGCACAGGAGCAGGGAAGGAAAAUGGAUCCUCUAGAAAAACAGGUGAAAGAGGGAAAAUCCAGAAGAAAUCCCACAGUGUGAUUCACCAUAUGGAAACUGCAGCCAAGCACACAAACCUGGGGCUGUCGGGGAAGGCCAAGAACAAGUUCCUGUCUGCAGCUUUCCACGGCUGCGGUGCAGUGAAGGUCCCCAAGGCGCAGGAUGCGGUGGAGGAUCUGCCCAUCCCUUGGAAGCACGAGGCAGAAAGCAAAACGAGAGCACCUGACAGUGAUACUGCAUGUGGAUCUAGUGGGAAAGGAAAGGGAAAACAAAGAGGAAGCCAAGCCUAGCCCAUUUUUUCUUAACACGGAAAUGAAAUUCCACUUUUGUAUUCUCAGCAUGGAUGAUAACUGGGAAGACAGGAGAGCAUUCGCAUUCACAGGUACGAGUGACAAAGCUUGUGGUUUCCCAGGUGAGGGUGGGAUCCAGCCCCAAGGCCUGCAGCGUUUGUGCGAGGGCUCUCUGGAACUGUGGUUUCCCAUAGCGUAUGAUAAGGGUCCCAGGAGACAGAUUUAUUGGCCCACCUACAUCUCACAGAGGGCAGCUGGGUUCCAGGCAUGUUCAAGUUUCGCAGACGAUCAAGAGCCUCAGGCUUGUACCUGCGGGCUCUUGGUCGGGAGAGAGGGGUGGUCUGCUUUAGAAACACCUCCAGCAUCUCUUGCCCUCCCUGCAGUGCCCAGGGUGCCUGAAGGACCGGCCAGCAAUGCCACCGUGCAGCACCAGGCUGGGAUCAGCACCAGUACGAGCCCAGGCUCACGAAAAGUGUUCAGCUGACGGGUGCUGGGGACUGAAGCCACCAGCUCAGGUACCUGCACCGCUUCCAAAACUUGUGUUGAGUUUAUAAAGCUAUGAAGAAAAUCCCUUGAUACUGAAAUUCUAAAAACUCUCCAGAUACUUGUACGUCAAUCAUCUGUUUUAAACCGGACAGUGUAAACAGCAAAGGGAGCUAAACUACAAAAAUGUAAGAAAACAGAUUGUUCAGAAAAGCGUUAUAUUUGUACUGAAGUAAUAUGACAUUUUAAAUCGAAGGUUAUGGAUUUUGAUAUCAGCAUAUGAUUAUAUUAUAAAAGUAAUUUUAACAAAUUCCAAUCCUACCAGACAGAAAUACCAAUAGUGGGGUUACAUUGAUGAGCUACAUUUUUACUUUAGCAUUUCAUGCUUAAAACACGUGUCCAUUCUGAGUUCUACUUAAAUACUUAAAGUCUUAAAAUAUUUUAUUUAGUUGGAAGAACUGCAAACAACAGUUGAGGUAACUGUCUGCAGUCUAAGGCAUUACUGAACUCUUGCUGGAAAUCUGCAGGAACGUGCUGUGCUGGCAUCUCUGAAACGCCUUAAGGGAAAGGCCUGAAGAUGCAGCCCUGCCGUCCCGGGGGGAGCACGGGAGUCCGGGAGCUGCUGGGGUGUGGAUGUGCGCGGUACCCGGUGCACUGCUGGGGACUGGGAAUGGUGACGACGAGUGCGUUCGGAAGUGGCUUGGAUCCGUUUCAUCGCUGUUUACUCAGGCCGUGCUUUUGCACGUGGUGUGUAUGUGUCUGGAAUUUCAGUUCCAUUUCCAUUAAUUAGACUUUCUUAAUCAUGUUUUUUUUAAUUGAAAAGCUAACUGUACAGGACAGGUACACGUGUAAAUAAGGGAUUAUGCUUAUGUACAUGUUAAUAUUUAUAUGUAAAAAGAUAUGUACAUAGGAAAGAAAAAAAUGGCUCCAAGAAUGUUUUCAAAACUGUUUUUCUUACAAAUGCACAGACAGGAAAGUUACAUUAAUGUGCUCCUUAAUUUCAACAUAAGGGUCUCCACUCAAUUUUCAGUCACUUUGCGUUUGAUCCCACUGGCGUUUUGUACGAUGAGUUUGUACGAUGAGUCCUUGACCGUGGCACAGAGCCGUUCUGGAGACAGUGCCACCCUUCAUCUGUGAGACGAGCUGUGUCAGAUCUCGUUUGCUGUCUUCUCACCUCUGGGUCGUGCGCAUCUUUUAAAAACACAGUCUCAAAGCCACAGGACCGUGGCAGGGGUGGGCAUCACCCUGAUCUGGGGCUUUUUCCUGCAGCCCCUCCGUCCCUCGGUGCAGGUGUAACACAGCAGUGGAAAGGUGGGCUUUGCAGCCCGGGGAGGGACCCCAGCCGUUCUCAGGCUGGCGAGCGCCGGCUCCUCGGGCCAGCAGCCCUAAGUCAGGGGCUGCCAACCACUCUAGUUUCUCACCCGUAAGCAUCUUUUAUAAAUUCCCCAGAUGUCCUUCAAAUAACGACACAACAGGGGCCAGAUAAACCAAGCGCAUCACGAGAUGCGUUACUGAUGCGGCACGAUCGCUACGUUUCGCCUGCGAGAAACGUUAGCUCUGUGUGUGUCGGCGCGUUAGCUCAGACAGGCAGAGUUUCUGAAGGAGCACCGAAGCGGUCAGGACGCUCCCUGCCCGCGUCCCGCAGCCGUGGUACGGGCCGGCUGCCGCCUGCGCAGAGCAACACGUCUAAACUGAAAUCCAUUGGAACUGCAGCUUGCUUUGUCGACAGCCGUGCGUUGUGUGUUUCAGGCCUGUACUUCUUGCUCAAGCUGUUGGAGGACUGUGGCUAUUCUUUAAAGUAUUCCGCUUUAGUAAUAUCUGUAGCCUUCAGUGUAUCCUCGAGUGCCUUACACAGCUUGGGAACAAAACUCCUGACCGUGAAGAGAAAAUGCCCCCGGGGGUCCCCCUGGGGGGACGGAGGCCAGCUCCCUUUGCACCCCGAAUGCCGCCACCACCUCGCGAUGGGCAGCGGGCGUUAGCACAGAAAUGGAUUUAGUUUAGACUCAGGAAAUCGUAUUGUGAAUAUGUGUAUCAAACCCUGUACUUAUGUAUUGUACAUUUUAUAAAAAGGAACUAUUGUAAACUUAUGCAAAACGUAAACCAGAGAAAAUGUUUUUUUCCAAUGGCCAGCGUGCCGUGGCUUGUGCGCUCUAAUAUAACCCUGACGACCGUACCCUAAAUACGUAAUGUUUGGUUCAGUGCUGAAACAGUAAUUGACAGGCCUAAAAUAGGGCUCGAUUGAUCAAUUACAGAAUUUUACACAUAUUUUUGUAUUGUGAUUCAUAUGAUAUAUAUCGAGAGACUUUCUAUUCAUUUGUAAAAUACAUAAAUUAUUGUAAGCUUUUAAUAAAAAGAUCUGUUUUAAACCUUCGAA